AUGCAGGCUGUUCUGGUCGUUGAUAAGGCCGUGAUGGCUGUCGCUUUCAGCUUGGCGGCCAUAUCAGUAUUUUCGAUAAUACCAUUAGGCAGUUACGCCAGGAUCGACUUUUCAAAAGCUCCAUUCCCUCCCCGCUUUGUACAUGAACAGAAUGAUCCAGUUGUAUAUUUUAUCCUUGAAAAUGAUUCUACUCAGCCGUCUGAUACAUCUGCUAUCGACUUGAAAAUCCCAACCUUGAGGUGUAAAGCAGAGGCGAUUCCUGCUCCGCAGUACAAGUGGUAUAAGAAUGGUACACUAUUGGACCUUGAAGCGUUUGACGAAAGGAUUAAGCGUCACGAGGGUGAAGGAACAAUAUCUUUUACGAAGGUUUCGAAGGAAGAUGAGGGAGAUUAUGUAUGUAAAGCGUCGAACGACAAUGGGACAGCAGUUUCCGAAACUGUCUCGCUCCAAUUAGCUUAUAUACUGUUUUUCCCAAACAGUCUCAAGAUUACUACGAUUGCUGUGGAAGAAGGCGAACCAUUUUCAUUCAACUGCACUGCUCCAAAUUCUAAUCCAAAGUCCAAAGUUGGUUGGACGUUAAUGGUACUAGUUUCUGGUUGA